AUGAGUCUAGAGGGUGAGUAUGACCCAGAGAGACUCAUCUCCCGUAAGCCCGCCGCUAUUAUAGCGAUCAAAGAGGGCGAAGGAUCGAAAUUGGCUAUCCGACUGUCACCCGAACUUGCAACGUCGCUAGAACGCGCGCUUCAAUUCGCCGAGAUAUAUCGUAAGACUUACGAAGCAGGGCAGAAACAAUAUGAGCGAGCCCAGGUAGACGAAGUCAAUCACACCGAAGCUUUGGCUUGUAUCGAAACGCGUCUUGCCCAUUUGAGAAGGGAAGGACAAGUUGAAGAUAAGGACCAGGUUCAGUUCAAAGAUUUGGAGUCAAAUCGUCGAGGUGCGCUCGGAGCUCGCAAUAGAGCCCAAGAAACAAUUAGGCGAGUAGAGGGUCAGUUAAGGAGUCAUGAUGAUGGGUUGAAAGCUCGCUGGCUGGACGUAGAGAUGUCGUUGAAGCAAGUGUGGGCAGAAGCACAUGUGCCUCUACGAAAGAUAGCCCGAGCACUACCGAGGCAAAGAACCCGAAGCUCAUCUCGUCAGAACCAGGAUAACCGGGAGGAGAUGGCAGGCCGAGUAAGCCAACGGGAGGGUGGGAAAGAGAGGCUGGAGCGGUGCAAUGAUCGGCCGAGUGCUCCUCGAGCAGAAACAAAGACGCCCUUUGACAAGAGAAAACUUGUUGAUCCGCAUAGUGAAGUUCUCAGUGCUAUAGCGAGACUUUCACGUCGCCAUAAAGAUCUUCUCCGGGCCCGGGAUCGACGCGAGAACUAUUGCCAUAAUUACGAUCGAGAAGGAGCCAGGUACCUGAAGGCCGUACAAAACUCAAAUGGCUCGAGGUCCUCCAACAGCAUCAGGCAGGAGUUCAACAAAGCAUUUCUCAGAGACGUGAUACUUGACAAGAAAAGCUUGCAGGCCGCUAGAACCGACUACCUAGCUGCUCACGAGGAAGCUCGCAAACUCGGAAUUCCUAAGAAUUGCAUUGACUUCGUAGAGUCUAUCGAUCUGCAGAGCUGUGAUACCGGUAUCAUCAUGGAGAAAGAUGCCGUGAACCGCAGGGCCACUGAAGACGAUCAACACAAGCUCGACAGCCGUAUAAGAGCUUGGCGUACGUUGACGACUGCAGAUCCAUUACCGCAGCAGGUCAUUGUCGAAGACAGUCCGGAUCGGUUGAGCUCCACCAGUUCGACAGGUCGUACGGAAAGUUCUGUCGACACUGAUGCAUCCCGAGACCUGUCGGAAGACGCCGUGGUGAAAGGUGACGCUGGCAAACUAACGCGCGCAACACGUGAGCGCUUACAGGGGCAGCGUUCAGAUGCAGGGACUGCAUCCUCCGUAGUUCAUGGAAUUGACACUGGCGUAAAUGCCGACAAGGAGCUGAAGUCACGCUCGGGGCCCAACCCAGAGUCGAGAGCCAGAGCAGACGAUGGUCCAGAAGUUAAUCUUUGGAAGCCUUCGGAUGGUGUCAAGUUCUCGCGACCACCAGAAAAGGCGCCAGAUGCGAACGACAACCAAAACACAGUCAAACACAUUCCUCCUGUUAAAAUUCCGCCACGCGGAGGCAAGAAGUCGAUUGCUUAUUUCUUCAAAGCACGGCCGAAAACGUCCAAAUCAGCUGUCGAUCCUGGGAAGGCGGCCAAUACUUCGAUUGCUGGUGAAGCAAUGUCAGGAGAGAAGAGGAAAAGUAGCUCCGAAGGACCGAAUUCCAGUAAGAAACGGACAAGAUCUGAGAGACCGACCGCACCAGACUGA